ACUAGUUUUUAAGCCAUAAUAUGCAAUUGUAUGUGUCUCAUGAUAUUACACGAUAUCCCUUUGGUGUACGUAAUAAAGUAAAAUAAAAUAACUGAAAAAUAAAAUUAUUGAUUUGACGUAUUAAAUUCCUAAGCUUCUUCCGUUACAAAUAACCGAGUACAAAGUUCGCAAAACUUAAUUGAGAUCAAUGUAAAUAUGCGUUAGCAUGACAUUGAAUAAUUUUAAUAGGUCGCAAUUCAUGCAAACCUGUUUUAGGUAAGUAUUUACGGAUAUUUUAUGAUUUGACCCGUCAUUCGGACGCGUGAAGCGUUGUAGUGCGGUCGGUGUCAAGGAUUUCGGAGGAUUAGUAAAAUGGACAAUAGAACAGACAGUCCUUCCAAUAUGGCGUGGUAUUCUAAAGGAGUUGUGGACUACGUAGACAACUGGUUCCUGAUGAGCUCCCCGUGGCCAGUGAUAGCAAUAUGGCUGGCGUACAUCGCGUUCGUACUCAAAUUGGGCCCUUCUUACAUGUCGAAGCGGCCCGCUUACCAACUCAAGCACACUUUACUUUUAUAUAAUAUAACUCAGGUGGUGGUGUCUGCCUACAUUUUUAACUAUGGCUUAGAUAUUUUAAGAAGCUGGGGCCUGGUGAGUCCGCAGUGUGCCACAGAAGGAAAGGAUUCACAGCAUUAUAUUUUACGAGGAGCCUACAUAUAUUUCCUAGCCAAAGUAUCAGAACUCCUCGACACAGUCUUCUUCGUACUCCGAAAGAAGAUGAACCAAGUGACGUUUCUCCAUGUAUACCAUCACUCUUUGAUGAUGCUCAGUACCUGGUGCGCCAUCAAAUACAACCCGACGGAUGCUGUGGUGUUCUUGGGGACUAUUAACUCCCUGGUACAUGUGGUCAUGUAUGGGUAUUAUGGGUUGUCAGCGUACCCAAGCCUGGCGAAGUAUUUAUGGUGGAAGAAGUAUAUAACGUCGUUCCAGUUGAUCCAAUUUGGACUUAUCACCAUACAAGUCACCCUUAGCGCCUUAGUUUCAAAUUGCAAGACGUCAUACGUUCUGCUAUUCACAAUUUUCUUCAACUUAGGACUGAUGAUAUAUCUCUUCCGUGAUUUCUACAUUAAGGCAUAUACUGUAAAGAAAGUAUCUGUGAAAUCAGAUGUGAAAAAGGAAGUUGUUGAAGAUACAAAAGGAUCAAAAGGUUACAUAACUUCGAUAAUUAACGAUGAUGUGGGUGAUCAAACAAUUAAAGUUAAAGGCAUGUGACGAUAUUAUAGAGAUUAUGUUAGUUUAAUAUUAUUUAUUGAUAAGAAUUACAUAAGUACUUAAUAAAUUGUGAUACUAAACCUUU